AUGUAAGAAAAUAGAUGUUAUCCGAAAUGUAAAGACUAAUUUAUUAAAUCUGAUAAGAUAUGCGAGGACGAUAAUAAUAUUCAAUUUGAUAGAUGCAAUAAAUGUUAAUAUAGUUUUCAAAUAGAGUGUCUUGUAUGUUAAAACACGAAAUGAAUAUAAUGUAUAUCUGGAUGGAAUUUGAUAGAAGGGAAAUUUUAUUAGAUUUGUGGUGAUGGUUAUGUAGCCAUUGUGUCUGAAGAAUAAAUGAUGAUCCUUAACACUUAAAUUGUAGGAAAUGUCAACUUUUUAUAUGCUUUUUUGCAAGCUUUGUGAUAAUCAAUAGAGGUUUUGUAAAUGUUUUUUAUCUCUUUAAUUAGAAUGGAGAUAAUAUUUGAUCAUGAUUUAUUGAAAUAUCAAUAAUUUUAACAAAAACUACUAUAAUAAUGUUAAAUAUGUGAGGACACAUUUAAUCUAGUUAAUAAUACAUGCAUAAAUAUUAGUGGCGAUGGAAAUAAAGAUAAGGAUUUGAAGAAUGCGAUGAUGGAAAUGAAAUUGAGUUUGAUGAAUGCUAAGAUUGUAAAUACAAUUUAAUUAAUAGUUUAAUUUGUAAUUACUAUUUAUAAAAUAGUAAAAUAUAAGUAAGGUAUAUAUUAUAUUGUUUCAAAUUAUGAUGAAAAAGAAUCCAAAAAAAAAAGGUAUCAAAAUAUCUUAAAUUUUAAGUUAAUUGCUUGAAUAAUUGCGCAAAAAGAAUUAUUUGAUCAAUCUGUAUUCACGUAUUAAAGGAUGUUUGGUUUGUUAAGAAAAUAAUAUUUGUUUAUAAUGUAACAAUGAAGAACAAUUUAUUCUUGAUAAUGAAACUCAUAAUUGCAUUACUUAAAACUAUUAAGAGGAGGAAGUUCAAUUAAUAAAUAGUUAAGAUCAUAAAAAUUCAGAGGAAAUUCAAAUUAGUAACAGUGAAGAUACCAACAACCACAAUAAUGAUGAGGAUGUUCAAAUUUUAUAAAGUGAUUACUAAUUAUUUGAAUUGAAUUGUGGUUAUGGUAAACUUUAAACUACUUAGAAUGAAGAAUGUGCUGAUGACAACUUAUUUGGAGGGAAUGGAUGUUCAGAAUCAUGUUUCAAUGAGCCUUCUUUUAAGUGUUAAAAUCUUGAAAACCAAAAAGGUGAAUGUACAUACAUAAAAGCUCCUGAUUUUAACUUAAAUGUAAUCCAUAAUUCAUAGAAUUCACUUUAAAUUAUUGAUCUAACUUUUUCUCAGCAAGUUCAAUUAAAUUAUCAUAACACAAUUGAAUCUAUUGCUGACUUUUAGAUACAACCAAAAACUAAAUAUCAAUUAACAAAUUAUUCUCUUUUAAAUUUGACUAGUGAUUUUCAGAUGUCUCAUUAUCAAUUUUAUAUUUAGUUUAAAUAAAGUGUAGACCAUCCUAUUUUUUAAUUAAGGUUUAUGGACAAAUCAAUAAUUAAUUCUGAAAAUAUUCCUCUCAAAAGUGUUUAGAAAAGUAUUUAAAUAGGAAAUCCUUUUGUUUAAUCAAAUUCCACAAAAAGAAAAUUAACAUAGACCGUAUAGAUGAAUGAUGUAAUUAUAUAUAUAAUGAUAAGCAUUUCUGCAUUAUUAUUUUUAAUUGGAAAUCCAGAAAUGUUCUUUAAUCUAUUAAAUUUACUAUAAUCAUUCUCUUACAUUCAAUAUGUACAAUAUCAAUUCUCACCUCAUUUAUCACAAUUUCUUGAAACUUACUCUAAAAUCUCAUUAAAAUUAGCAUUAGAUUACUUAAAAGCAGAUUAAUUUUUAGCCUAAUUAAACAGUGGAAUUUACCCUUAAUCAAACAACACAACCUUAUAAACAAACCAGAUCAAUUAGAUAAGCCAAAUAUUUUUGGUGGAUGCAAAAAGUUGUUAUAUUACAGUCUGA